AAGAUCAAAUCUUCUUUGACUGCAAAACAGUAUGAUGUGUUCAUUAACCAUCGAGGCCCAGACACUAAAACAUAUCUGGCUAUGCCGCUUUAUAAUUCUCUACAACAAGCUGGGAUCCGGACAUAUGUAGAUGCUCCAGAGACUGAACUGGGAGAUUAUUUUCCUUCUGCCAUAAAGAAUGCCAUAUCCUCUGCCACAAUACACAUAGCCAUCUUGUCGCCGCAAUAUGCAGAGUCUGCUUGGUGCUUAGCUGAGCUAUCUUUGAUGUUCCAAACCAGGGCUAGAAUUAUUCCCGUGUUUUACGGAGUCCAGCCUUCAGACUUCCGCUACAUAAAAAAUGAAGUUGCAGAUGCAUUUAGAAAACACGAAGAGAAGGAGAAGGAGGGCAGAUAUCCUAAACAUGACAUUCAACAGUGGAAAGAAUGCCUGCAGAACGUUUCAGGAAUCAAGGGCUACGAAAUGAAGGAACAAAAUGAUGAUCUGAAGAAGCUGUGUGAUGAUGUCGUGUCUGCCGUGGUUAAGGAAAAGCAAAAGAGAAAAAUUCUUUUCCAAGUUGCAAAAUAUGAGGUGGGACUUGAUGAGCUUGUGAAAGAUUUCUACAGCCAUUGCCAGAGAAAUGGACAGAUGAGAGAUAAAAUAAUUGGCAUCAUUGGAAUGGGAGGGUCUGGCAAGACCACUCUCGCCAAAUAUUUGUUCAAUCACAAACAUUCAGAAUUUAGUGGAUCAACUAGCUUGUUUGAUGUGCGGGAAAACCAUGUCAAAGGUACACUGACUUCUCUGCAAAGUAAGCUUCUCAAUGAUCUGGGAGGGGAAAUAAAUCAGCAUGAAUUUUGUAGCAUAGAAGAUGGAAUCGCCGUUAUCAAGGAUUACUUUCAAAAAAACCCAGAAUCAAAGUUUCUUGUAGUUAUAGAUGAUGUUGAUCAUAAGAAUCAGUUAGAUGCCCUAUUGCCCACAGAUGCUCUCAAUCACAAUAGUUUGGUGAUUGUCACAACCCGGGACGAGAGGCUUCUUAUACAGGCCGGAGUCAGAGUCCGUUAUAAGAUGAAGGAAAUGAAUCCACAGCAUAGCAGAGAGCUCUUAUGCUGGCAUGCGUUUCAUAGAAAAUCUUGUAAAAGUGGAUUUGAUAAUCUGGUAGACAGCUUUGUCCAAGUGUGUGGAGGAUUACCACUUGCUCUUCAAGUAAUGGGCGGGCAUGUUUUCGGCAGUGACAAAGCUUAUUGGAAGUUACAAUUAAAUAUUGCUAAGGAGGCAAGAGUACACAAAGACAUAAAACAUAAGCUUAAGAUAAGCUAUGAUGCUCUGGAAGAGGAUGAGAAACAGAUAUUUAUGGAUGUAGCAUGCUUUUUCAUAGGGGAAGAUGUGAACAGGGCCAAAAGUAUAUGGAGGGCUUCAGGGUGGAGAGCUGAACAUGGACUUCAGACUCUCAAGGACAGAUGCCUUGUUGAAGUGGAAACUUGUUUAGAAAUGACGGACUAUCCGGAUUCGAAAUGCCAUUAUGAGCCAGGAUUUAAAUUGAGAAUGCAUGACCACCUCCGUGACUUAGGGAGAGAAAUGGCAGAUAAUGAAACGAGCCAUCCUCGUCGGCUGUGGCGUCCUGAAGAUCGUAUUGAUAUAAGCGAAUUCGAGGGAAUCCAAGACACCCAUCCUGACUCCGAAGGAAAAAGUUUCAGAUGUUUCGCGUGUGACCUUAUACGUGCUGAUGCUCUUCAUAUAACAUAUUUUCUGGGGAGUUCAAAGACAUCAACUUCUUUACAAUGCCUUCAACUUCAGCCUAUGCACACUUUAAGUCUAUUAACUAUUCGUGAAUGGAUUCCUCUACAGAAUUUGCACACUUUAAGUCUUCAAAGAGUAUUACCUACGAUAUUGUGGCAAAGGGAUGACUAGGUUCCAGUCAAGUUGAAAGAGCUAUACUGCAACUUUUAUCCUCUUGUAUUUUUAGACUUCAAUCAUGAUGUGCUUAUGACAUAUUUAAACGAACUAGUGAGUUCUUUCGGAACGCUCAAACAUCUGGAGAAUUUGCACCUAGAAUUUGAAGCUCUUUACUCAGACUUGAAUAUCGAAUGGAAUUUGUUGCUGAAAUCUGUAAGAGAACUCACCAAUCUGAAAACUUUAAAGCUGGCAUUGUUUGCUGCUGUAGAAGGGGAUAUUGUUUUCAGCAACAGGGGAGAGACAACUGAUGAUCGGUUUUGUAUGAGAAGCCUUGAAGCCAUAUCUCUGUGUGAGGUAGGGGACACAAGGAAGGUCUCAAUUCAUGGACAGUUCUGUCCCACCUUGAAAUCUCUUAAGCUUUGUUCUAUGAGAGAUCUAAGUGAAGUGGAUUUAACAGGGGUAACCACACUGGAAUGUCUUGUGCUGUUCGACUGUGAAAAGUUGACAAAAGUGUUGAGCAAUUAUAUGCCAGAACUUGAAAUGGUCCACAUAAAAUUAUGCGAGACUAUGACAGAGUUGCCAAAUUUUGGGCAUGUCAGUUGUCUCAAGAGGAUCUAUAUUAGCCGCUGUUGGGAUCUACAGGAUAUAUCAGCAAUUGAAAGAUUUAAGGGACUGGAGAGGAUAUGGAUUGCUUAUUGUCCAAAGCUGAAGAGUAUAAAAGCUAUUGAACAAUUGAAGGGGUUGAGAAGAAUCUGGAUUGAGGACUGUCCACAGCUGGAGGGUGUAAUUUGUUUUAAAGAAUUGAAGGAGUUGAAGAGAAUCUUCAUCGGGGGUUGUCCGAAGCUGCAGAAUAUAAGGGGUAUUGAAGAAUUGAAAGGACUGAAGGAGAUGAUGAUUGCAGUCUGUCCUAUAAUAGGUGUCGUUGAAAGGUUGCAGAGAUUGCCGUCGGAGCUUACAAUUCUAGCAGGGAGAUGGACGCCAGAUUGGGAAGGACUUGACUCCAAAUGGACAUCGCUCAUGUCAGAUCUUAAAAAAUUUGGGACACAUUGUUUCUGUGAAAUAGAUUCGUUGA